UUUGCGGACUUUUGUGGCAUUGGUGAGACCUUAUACUUUUCUGUACAACAAUUCACUACGAGGAUAUUCCAAGAGCAAUGACAAAUGUUUGACUUGGGCUGAGAUUGGUAAAGCUAUGUCAUCUGAAAACCAACAGUACUCGGGUGAGUAUAUUCUCGAUCGUGAAAGUACAGUUAAUUUUCAUGUUUACUAAAUCAGCCCAUUGAUGUCAUUGUAGGUGACGAUGUGAGAUCUCUAUGGUCCAAAUUAAGAGACAAAUAUGGCAAAGAAAGCAGGAAGGUACUUGUUGGCAGGGCCCGCUCCGGUGCUGGGACUGAUACUGCUCCAGUUACCAGUAAUUGGUUUCUUUUUGACGAUAUGUUUUUCCUGAAAGACAUCAUCAAACCUAAAAAUACUUCAUCAAACUUUUCAGCAGUAACAUCUCCGUUGCCUCCUCCUGCACAUUGUUCUGUAUCACUACCAAGCACCAGCAGUUCCUGCUCUUCUCUAUCUUUGAGUAGUGCUUCAUUUUUGCAACAGAGUCCAAGCACUAGCACCUCCUCAUCUACUUUCUUGGAACUAGCGGACCCUGAUGAUCCUCUCCCUGCUGCCCUGCUGGCAGCAGAAGACUUUGCUAGUAGCAUAGAGGUGCCAGUUGCAGUGUGUAGUCAAAGAAAUACAACAUUUCAAAAUCCAGGAACAGCAGAAUCACUGCGAAGUGCAGCAGCGCAAAUAAACCCAGCACGAACUGUACCCCCCUGUGACAUUGGAAAAAAAAGAGUUCGUCAGUCUCAAGAGGAAGUUGAUCAGCUCAAGAGAUCGAAGGAUGAUCUCUCUUCCCUAACUUCGUCUCUGACAAGUGCCCUGAAUAGUAUUGCUGCCCCCCAACCAGCUUCUGCAACACCACCUCCACCACUGACUGCUGCGGAAAAAGCAAAGUUCUCCCCACAAGUAGAGCUGCUUAUUGGCUCUGUCAGUGUUGCUCUAAAUAAAGUACCAGUUGAAAGGCAAGUUAACUGUAUAAUAGAGAUGCUCCAGGUUGCUGGAAAAUAUUCUGAAUAGAAUUAAUAUUUCAAUUAAGUAGGAUGCACUCCCAGUAUUUUUAGUUCUUUUUCUCUGUGAUAUAUGAAACGCUGACUUAUAGGCAACAAGAGUUCCUUGCAAAGUUCCCUUUAUUUUAUUUUCUAUUGACUCAUUUGUAGUAUGAAUCCAGUUAAACUAUUAUUUUGUGACUUAAAGAUUAUAUGACCAGUUGUUUCGCACAAGAGUUCUACUUUUGUUUGCAUUUUGUUAAAGAGACUUGUUCAAAAUAAAGAACACAUAUAUAGAUGUCAUGACUUGACUAUAUUUUUUUUAAUAAUUUCAGUAUCACAAAUAAAUAAAGAAAUU